AUGUUUAGACCUUAUGGAAGUGAUGAUAUUAGAAUUGUUUCAGAUGCUUCGAGAUUUGACUUUCAAAAUAAUUUCCCCAAAUUAAGAGGAUCAAGAAAUUCAACACCUACUAAUUCAGAUAUUUAUGAAAAAGAUACAACGUCGAGUAAAGUCACAUUAGAUACAAUUAUACCAUUAUAUAGUUCAAAAAUAAAUGAAGGUCAACAAAAUAGAAGAUAUCAACCAUUACAAAAUUACAUAUCUGACGAAUCAUCAAUUCAUAUUCCGAAACAAAGACAACAAAAUAAAGUACGAUUCUCAGUUGGUAUUCAAGUACCUCAAGAUACUAUAAAUAGUCAACCACCUAGUCUACCUCCAAAAGAUGAAAUACCAAUAAGAACAAAAUCUCAAAAAGAAUUUUUACCAUACCCUGAAUCAAUAAUCGAUAAUCAAAAUGAUUUACCUCCAUUACCUACCCCACAAGAAAAGUUAGGAUCAUUACAACAUAAGGAACUUCCUUUCGAAGAAGAUAAUUCUAGUGUUUUAUCACGACAGCAACAUCUUGAACAUGAUUUAGUUAAACGAGUAAUGAAUCGUCCUUUAAUUUCAAUUAAGGCCGAUCGAUUCGGUGAACAAUUUCAUAAUAGGAAAUUAACAAUCACGAUAAAUUUCCUAUUAUAUCUAUUUGAAAUGUUAGUAUCUAUUAUCAUUAUAGUUUUGUCUUCAGUGUUGAUCAAAAUUGACAAUGAGAUAGAUGAUGGUUAUUAUAGAUAUUUUAUAGCUGAUGGCAUAAUAUCAUUAAUUAUUUCAUUGCUUUUCAUGUUUCAAAUUAUAAAUUAUGAGAAAAGGAAUGGAAGUUUUUAUUGUCUUGCAGCUACCAUAAUGAAAUUUGUUAGUUUUAUAAUCAUUAUUGCCGUGAUAUUCCCCGAUUCAAGUCAUAUAAGUAAUAAAAUUUGGUCAAUUAGGAGGUGUAUUGGUGCUUUUAUUAUCAUAUCUACUUUCCUUUGGUUAAGUAAUUUAAUUAUGUUCAUUACUACAUUAUACAUAUCAAGGUUAAAUUUAUUAGAAGAUAUAAAUUUUGAUUUUGCAGAACAAGGAGCUGUUGAAAAACCAGAGAAAUAUCCAACUCAAAAACACUAUAAUGAUUUACCACCUGAAAGAACACCAUUAAAAGAAUAUUAUUUAAAUGAACAUGGAGAAAUGUAUGCAUUAAAUAAUGAAAUGGAAAAGAGUCAGCAUAAACAUAAGAAUAAGAUUUUGGUAUAUACUUUCUAAGUUUCUGAUUUUUUAAUGCCAGUUUUUUGUUACAACAUACAAAUUACCGCCUAAGGUUUUAUUUUGCAAACAUUUGUUAUAUUACACACAAUUUUUUUAACAUAUCAAAUCAAGCUAUAAUGAAGCUAGUAUAUUUAUUAUUGUAUUUAUCAAUUGGAUAUUCAUUAUUAUUGCCUCAUGAUUGGACAAGUAUUGUUAAACCAAGUUUAUAUUCAAUAAAAGAAACAAAACAAAAAUUAUUAAUUAAUUUGCAAUCUUUGUUUUCAAAUAUAACUGAAGAAUUUCAAAAUUAUUCAUAUAAUAAAAAUGAUACAUUAUAUUUCUUACCUAAAGAAUUAAUAAAUCCUACAAUUCUUCUGUCGAUAGGAGAUCAAUGGUUAAAUUUAUCUAAUACUGAACAUAUAUUACUCCCUAAAGAUUUUAAGACAUUUUUCUUGUUUAAUGGGACAGAUGAAGAUAGUCAACCAUUUAACAUAUUCAAGAAUAAUAAAUCAUUUGAUAUCAAUAAGUUUUUAAUCAAUUCCGUUCCAUUUAGUAUUCCAGAUUUGAUUCAAUUACAUGAUUAUUUUUUGGUAUUACCUUCUGCAUAUUUUAAAAAUGUUUCAAUUUAUCAAAAUUCAUUAAUUCACUUACCAAAGUCUCAAUUACCAUUAUUUAGAAACCAAUUGAGUGAAAAUAAACCAAUGAUGGUGUUUAUGUUCAAUCAGACCAAGAAAGAAUUGAUUAAAAAUAAUCCAAUUAUACAUAUUAAGAAUUAUCUAAAACAGGAAACAGCACCAGUUAGUAAUUUCUUUGAUAAGUUUGCUAAUAUUUGGUUAAAUCAAUUGAAUUAUGAUUCUUUAGUUCAUGCUAUUUAUUGUAAUUUACAUUAUAAAGACAGUCCAUAUUGUGUUAAAAUUAGUUCAUCAAAUAUUGACAUAUUUCCAAUCUACAAAUAUCAAAAAAUGAACAAAAGAGAAGAAACAGUUGAUAUUGAAGAAGCUAAAGAUGAUGAAAAGGGAAUUGAAGAAGUUGAAGCUAGUGAUAGUGACGAAGUGGAAUCUCAAGCGAUUAGACAAUUACAUGAUGCAAUAGUGGAUAAGAAAAAAGGUAUGAUUGAUUUCAAAAAGUCAUUAUUUUAUGAGCCUAAAGAAACAAUUGAAGAAAUAGAUGAAGCUAUUGAUCAUAAAAUCGAUGUUGGAAAGACUAAAUUUGUCAAUACCAAAGAUGCUUUAAUAGGUAAACUAGAUGAUAAGAAAACGUCAGUCAAAUCAGUACUUGAACAUAAGGCUGAUUUUAUAGAUGAUAAGACAGAUGCAGUUGCAGAUAAAUUAAUCAGAACAAAGCAUAAAAUAUCAGCACUAAAAUUUGAUCCUAGAAUAUUUGAUAAAUCAAAAUUGGAAAAAUUAGAAGAAGAAUACGAUGAGAAAUACAAAUAUAUUGAUGAUAUAUUUGAUGAUAAAUUACAUUAUGAUAAUUUAAACAUUGAUGAGAAAGAAGAUUUUGAAGAAUUGCCUAAAUAUAGUAAUGAUAACUCAUAUAUCAGUAAAAGAAAUGAAGAAGAAUUACCAAAAUACAAUAAUGUUAAUUCAUAUAUUGAAAAAAUGAAUGAAGCACCAGUUCCUAAAAAUGAAGGAUUUUAUUCAUUUCCAAUUUCAUUAUUAAAUUUUUCACAAAUUGAUAAUCCACCUAGGAAAACUACAUAUUCACAAGUGAUAAAUUUACAAGAAACAAAAAAGAAAAUCAUGAAAAGAUCUAUUCAAUUCUCAGAUGAUGAUGACUGUAAACCUAUAACUUGGUAUAACUUAUUCCAUUAUUCAAUUUUUGGAGAACCUAAAUUUUGUAAAGAUCAAUCAUAG